AUGGCCGAACCGCAGCCUUCCGAGAUCAAAGAGGGCGACCAAGCUCCCUCCGCCAUCCCAGGCAGUAACAAAUCCGAGACCGCGGCCCUGAACUCUCUAGACAGCCAAACCACAGAUACCAAAUCCGCCAACACAGCUUCAACAGCAGCAUUAGGAAAGGCGAUGAAGAACUUGAAUCUCUCCAACGAUGAGAAGUCAGAGGUGAAGAAUAUCAAAGUUGAACUCGCAGAUGUAGUUCUAUUGUCUGAGAAUUUGGACAUCUCGAGAGCCAGAGCUACGGAGUUGCUGAAAGCGAAUGAUGCGAAUCCAGUCCAAGCCAUGCGAGCAUGGGUCAGUUCAUGA